AUGGCGCCCACGCGGCGGAAGCGGCAAUCCGGCCCCUCUCCAAGAUGGCGGCGCCCAGGCGCGGAGGGGCCCGCGGGCGAGCGGCUGCCGCAGAGCUUCCUGCGGGACGGGCUGGGAUACGUGCUGGGAGCGCUGGGCACACGGGCCGGCCUCAGCCAGCUGUGCGAGAGCAGCGACGAGGAGGAGCAGCAGGAGCCGGGACCGCGGGAGCGCCCGCCGGGGAAGGAGGAGGUUGCUGAGGACGAGGAAGAUGCUGAAGACGAGGAGGAUGGUGAGGACGAGGAGGAUGGUGAGGAUGAGGAGGCUCAGGAAGAUGCCUCACACCCCUCCGAGGCGGAUGACGUGGAAGGACAUUGGGACAGCGAGAGCUCGUCCCCCGAGGACGACGAGGUGCCAGAGGCCAGCGAGCCCUCGAGCGAGGAGGAGGAGGAGGCAGAGAGUGAUAAUCACGAUGCUACAAAGUAUGUUCCUCCUCAAAUAAGGAAAGCACAGGAGACACUAGAUGACAAGAAAAGAGAAGAACUGGGAAGACUGAAGAAAAUGGUGAAUGGUCUCAUUAAUAGGCUGAGUGAACCAAAUUUGUCCUCCAUCAGUGGACAGAUGGAAGAGCUCUACAUGGCCAACAGCAGAAAGGAUAUGAAUGACACUCUGACAGACAUUCUCAUGAAUGCCUGUGUUACUGCCGUUGCCAUGCCUGCAAGACUCAUGAUGGAGCAUGUGCUUCUGGUCAGCAUCCUUCAUCACAAUGUAGGAAUUGAGGUCGGUGCUCACUUUUUGGAAGCUGUGGUGAAGAAAUUUGAUGAACUCUGUAAAAGUGAUGCUGAAGGGAAAGAAUGUGAAAAUCUGCUUGCCUUGAUUGCUCAUCUGUAUAACUUCCAUGUGGUUCAUUGCCUGCUGAUCUUUGAUAUUCUGAAAAAGCUUGUUAGCACUUUCACUGAAAAAGAGAUUGAGCUGAUUUUAUUUCUUCUGAAAAAUGUGGGCUUUUCCUUAAGAAAAGAUGAUGCAUUGGCUUUGAAAGAACUGAUCACUGAAGCCCAGAGGAAAGCAAGCACAGCAGAGAAGAAAUUCCAGGAUCAGACUAGGGUCCGAUUUAUGCUGGAGACGAUGCUGGCCCUUAGGAACAAUGACAUGCGUAAGAUUCCUGGUUACGAUCCUGAACCAGUCGAAAGACUCCGCAAAUUGCAGAGAGCACUGGUUCACAGCAGUGGUUCAGGAAAAGACACUCAGCUCCGCGUGUCCCUGGAGUCUCUCCUCAGUGCUGACCAGGUUGGGCGCUGGUGGAUUGUGGGGUCCUCCUGGAGUGGAGCACCAAUGAUCAGUGAUACAAAAAGCCAGGCUCAGCAAAAGCUGCACGUGGGAAAGGUGAGUUCAAAAAUAAUGGAGCUUGCUCGUAAGAUGAGAAUGAACACUGAUAUCAGGAGAAGUAUUUUUUGUGUCUUGAUGACAAGUGAAGACUUCAUGGAUGCCUUUGAAAAACUUCUGAAGCUUGGACUGAAAGAUCAGCAGGAGAGAGAAAUAGUUCAUGUCAUCCUUUACUGCUGCUUACAGGAGAAGACAUUCAACCCCUUCUAUGCAUUUUUGGCUAACAAGUUUUGUGGGUAUGAAAGACGAUUUCAGGUGACAUUUCAGUUUAGUAUUUGGGACAAAAUCAAAGGCUUGGAAAACCUGUCAGCUGCUGCCAUCUUCAACUUGGUUUCACUGCUGGCUCACUUAAUAAGGACAAAAUCACUGCCACUUUCAGUUCUCAAGGUAAUUGAGUUCAGUGAACUGGACAAACCCAAAGUCCGUUUCUUACGACAGGUAUUAAGCACACUGUUAACCAAAGCAGAUGAGGAAGAAAUUACUGACAUUUUUAUGAGGAUAUCUGACAACCCCAAACUGGGAGUGCUGCGGGAAGGCUUGAAACUCUUUCUUACCCACUUCUUACUGAAACAUGCGCAAGCCCAAAAGAGUGCUGAAGAAGCUAGCUUGUUAAAAGAGAGAGUGGAACUAGCAACCAAGGCUUUAGAGUCAAAAGAACCCAAACUGAAGCUGUAGUUACGUUUUUUCUAAUAAAACACACAGAAAAAUUAAGCUGUGGUCUUUCGGACCUAAAUAAUUGAGAACGAGGAGAGCAGUGUUACUCCAAAGGAUCCGUUUUUUAAUGUAAACAGUUACUUUGCUCUGUAUGCAAGUUAGAGGUUUAAUUGGAGGUGAUACAAGGCCUUUUUGAAGAAUGGGAAAAUGUAGUUUUGUCAUGUCCCUUUUUGGUACAAGUGUUUCACAUUGACAGUUGGUAUCUGGAGAAGAGGGUGAAUUACUCUUCUGUGGUACUUUGUCAGCAAUGGUGUUCUGCAUUACAUUCUAGUCUUUCAUUUAAAGUAAUGAAAGAAUCAGCCUUAACUAAAGGCUUUUAGUAAGGAACCGUGGUACUCACCUGAAGAAAGGGGCCACUAGAUGGCACAAGCACUGGUGAGUUGGCUGGGGAAGAAAUCAACUUUCUUCUUAAAGUGUUGGAAGUUAUUUGCUAAUUCUGUGAAUUGAUUCCCUGACUGUGGUCAGGAAAAGAUCUUCAGUUGGAUUCAAAGCUGUAGCAAAGCAACUUGAAGAUCUGUCUUUGCCCAAUUAUAUUGGGUUUAGAGAUCACAGCAUAGUUUUAUGGCUUUUUUAGCCUGUUCUUCACAGCUUUAGAAUUGGAAGUCAUUUGUGUCAAUCAGAUUUUUCUAGACAUAAACAAUAUCAUCAAUAUGAGUCCUAACAAGAGAAUACCUCCCUUGAGAGUUUGCUCACAUUUUGCAUUCGGAUGCUUAAAAAAAAAAAAGUUAGGUACAUUUCUUUCUGUAGCACUCUGUUAAUGGUUUGUUUCUUUUGUCACCUGACCACUACACAUUAAACUGCCAUUUUUCUAAA